AGCAGCGGAGCGGGAGCCGGCGCUGUGCUCGCAGCUGCCAAGGCUGCUGAGCCCACGUCAGGGGACGCUUCUGGAUAAAUAGGGUCCCACAAUGGCCGUGACCCGCUGCGCUCGGAGCUGCGGGGUCCAAGACUGGAGCUUCCUGCGCGGGUCGGUGUCCUGGAGGCUGAGUGCUGGCACUGCUGAUGCUCCCUGCGCCCAGGGGCGAUCAGCGGCCAGACUCCAGAACUCCUCAUCAGUGCAGACCCGAGCUCCAGCAGGAAAGCUCACUGCGCUGCUCCUAGGUGAAGAGAUAAGGAGAGCAGCGGGGCUGGAAAAGAAGGGUCCUUCCUGCCGACGGCAGCGCAGGAGGACGGUGCCAUGCUUCUGUCCAUCCUGGUGGCCUUGUGCCUGUGGCUUCGCCUGGCGCUGGGCGUGCGCGGUGCGCCCUGUGAAGCCGUGCGCAUCCCCAUGUGCAGGCACAUGCCCUGGAACAUCACCCGGAUGCCCAACCACCUGCACCACAGCACUCAGGAGAACGCCAUCCUGGCCAUCGAGCAAUACGAGGAGCUGGUGGACGUGAACUGCAGCUCCGUGCUGCGCUUCUUCCUCUGCGCUAUGUACGCACCCAUCUGUACCCUGGAGUUCCUGCACGACCCCAUCAAGCCCUGCAAGUCUGUGUGCCAGCGCGCACGCGACGACUGCGAGCCCCUCAUGAAGAUGUACAACCACAGCUGGCCAGAGAGCCUGGCCUGCGAUGAGCUGCCCGUUUACGACCGUGGAGUGUGCAUCUCUCCCGAGGCCAUUGUCACUGAUCUUCCGGAAGAUGUGAAGUGGAUAGACAUCACACCAGAUAUGAUGAUGCAGGAGAGGUCCUUUGAUGCUGACUGCAAACGCCUGAGCCCGGAUCGGUGCAAGUGCAAAAAGGUGAAACCAACUUUGGCAACAUACCUGAGCAAAAACUACAGCUAUGUUAUUCAUGCCAAAAUAAAAGCCGUCCAGAGGAGUGGCUGCAACGAAGUCACAACAGUGGUGGACGUAAAAGAGAUCUUCAAGUCCUCUUCGCCCAUCCCUCGAACACAGGUCCCCCUGAUCACCAACUCCUCCUGCCAGUGCCCACAUAUCCUGCCCCAUCAGGACGUUCUAAUCAUGUGUUAUGAGUGGCGCUCAAGGAUGAUGCUUCUUGAAAAUUGUUUAGUUGAAAAAUGGAGAGAUCAACUUAGUAGGAGGUCCAUACAGUGGGAAGAGCGGCUUCGUGACCAGCAGAGGACAGUUCAAGACAAGAAGCGCACAGCGAGCCGCACAGGUCGCAGUAACCCCCCGAAGCCAAAGGGAAGGCCACCUGUUGCCAAAGCUGCCACCUCUAAGAAGAAUGUCAAAGCCAGAAGUGCCACCAAAACGUCAAGCCUGAAGAAAAGCACUAGCUAAUUGCUUUCCAGGAUGGAGCCACCCCCACAGAUAAGGCAGUACUGCGUCGGACAGCCUAUGGAAGGCCACACACCACUUGCCUUAAGGACCAACUGUGGUUCUCUUUAUAGACACAUGUUGCAGCAUUUUUUUCUUAAUGAUAGCUUCAUUGUUUCUCUUUAAGCCACACAGCUCUGUUGCUGGUUGGUCCUCUGGUAUG